CAACAUCAUAAACAAAUGCAACUGUACAGUAACAUGGAGAAUCCAAUGUGCUGAAGACACCAAUACAUUUGAGCCUUAUCAAAUUUAUUACUCCCUCAUCCCAUUUUUAACUGUACUUUAUAUAGACUUGUUUGGUUUCUGCUGAAAAAAAAGUUGAACGAAUUAAUAUGGCUGAAGCAAUUGUGUCGAUUGUUAUGGGAAGGCUCGCUGAUUUAUUGAUUGAAAAACCUCAAAUCCUUAAUGAAGUGAGCGAUGAAAUUCAACUAGCUGUGACCGAGCUCAUGCGGAUAAAGACAUUCUUACCAGAUGCUGAUUCAAGGAUGGAUGUAGAAAGAAUCCGGAUUUUGCUCCGGGAUGUACGAGAGCUUGCCUAUGAUGCUGAACAUGCUGUCGAAACUUUUGUUAUUAAAGCCUCAUCGACUAAAAAACCAUUUCAGUGGAUGAACAGAGGCAAGUUUUCAAGGAAGAUGAAAGAUAUACAAAAAAAGAUGUCCAUCUUCUUCGAUUUGUUUUCUGAUUAUAAUAUCAGACCAACUUCUGAAUCAUCAACUUCCUCCAACAGAGAAUCGGGAAAACUAAAGCGAUUUCACUCUUUCACUACUCCUGAACCAGAGAUAUUUGUUGGAUUUCAUGACGACGUUGAAUGCUUGGUGCGACAUUUGGUGAAUGAAUCUGAUGAUUCUUACCCACUUAUAUCUAUUUGUGGAAUGGGGGGUCUGGGAAAGACCACUCUAGCUCAAAAGAUAUACAAUCACUCCGCCAUCAAGACUCACUUUGCUGGUUUAGCAUGGGUAUCAAUCUCGCGAAAGUGGCAAACAGAUCGGGUGUUGCAGAGAAUUCUUAUAUGUCUCGUCCCUGAGAACAAAAACUCUAUCCUUAAUAUGGAGACUGACAAGCUAGUGGAGUAUAUGCUACAAAUCCAGGAAAGGAAAAAAUGCUUGAUAGUCCUCGAUGACAUAUGGUCAACACAUGAUUGGAAUGCAUUAAAAGCUGCAUUUCCAGCCGGGAAGUCCAUAAGCAGAUUAAUGCUUACAAGCCGUAAUGCUGAGGUUGCUGACUAUGUGAAUUUAAACGGAUACAUUCACAAGCCAAAAUGUCUAAGUCCAGAACAAAGUUGGGAGCUACUCAAGUUAAAAGCACUUCACACAGGAAAUUGUCUAGACAUUACCAGAGAUGUAAAGAGGAUGGAAAAACUGGGAAGGGAAAUGGUUGAACAUUGUGCCGGUCUUCCGCUAGCUAUAGUCGUCUUGGGUGGAAUUCUUGUAACAAAACCAUCGUUGAUAGAGUGGGAGAAGGUAUAUCGUGAUAGUAAAUCAUCCCUGAAGGCGGGGAAAGGACUGGGAGAAGCCUAUCAAAGGGAAAUAUUAAGUUUUUUAAUAUGGAGCUACAAUGAUUUACCGCCUCAGCUGAAGCCAUGCUUUCUAUAUUUAUCUAAGUUUAGUGAAGAUGAAUCGAUAGACAUAGAGACUUUGUAUCAGCUAUGGAUCGCAGAAGGAAUGAUACUCUCGAGUGACAAAAGGGAAGGAGAAACAAUGAUACAAGUGGCUGAAUCAUACAUGGGAGAACUAGUCCACAGGAGUAUGGUUCAAGUGAGAUUUAACGAUGUAGAAUCAUCGCUUACAAAGUUUGAAUCUUGUUCUCUGCACGAUCUUAUGAGAGACAUGUCUUUAAUACAAGCAAAAGCAGAAGAUUUUUUUGAAGUAAUACAUUUCCAAAGUGGAAAUGAGUUUCAUCUCAAAUCUACUACAGAGUCAAGGUCAGCUUCCACUCGAGUUGUGAUUCGUUUGGAUGAGGAAUAUUCUAGCAAAGAAGCUAAUUACUACUUUACCAAGAAACGCAAUCAAAAAUGCUAUCGAUCAAUUUUACUCCUCUGUGAGUUUGGGGCGAGAAGUCUGCCACGGGCCCUGGGGUUACAUUUUGCCAAUUUUAGGUUCCUAAAAGUCUUUUCUGUGGAGAAUUAUACCAAUUUUUCUGGUGCAUUUUCUCAUUUUAAUGUUGGAAGAGCAUUAGGGUCCCUUGUUUACUUGCGAUAUCUUAGUGUAAGGGGCAGUAAUUUGUCGGUUUUUCCAUCUCUACAAAAGUUGGUGCUAUUACAAACUCUAAAAUUGGAUAUAUCCGACAAGAUAUAUGUUUUACCAUGGCUGUCAAGAGAUGUUCUGGUGAAGAUGGAUUGUUUGCGGCAUCUGUAUUUGCCGAAAUUUAAAGUUGACGUUUUGGGAAGGAAAUCGAAAUUACGGUUUAAUGGGUUGAGCAAGUUAGAGACCCUGGAGAACUUUGACACUAGUUGGUGUGAGGUUAAGGAUCUACGUGAGCUAAUCAAUCUUCGGAAACUAACGGUAACAGUGAGGGGUAGCUGUGAUAUUCUGGAAGAAAUGAUGAAAAACUUGGAUGAUGUAGCCUCCUCAGCAUCUUCAUGUCUGAGGUUCUUGGGUGUCACUAUUGUUUAUUGUGAUAUUGAGCUGAACAAUGAUCUUACGAUCUUAAAACAAUUGGUAUAUGCCGAAAAUUUGAACCUUCGGGAAUUGAAAAUAUAUGGGUGUAUCCCAGAGGUGGGUCUAAUAUUUCCGCUGCAUGUAUCCACAAUUUGUAUUACAACUUUAAAUUUAGGGGAAUCAUACCUGGAAGAAGACCCAAUGCCAAUAUUAGAAAUGCUUCCAGUGUUGAGUGUUCUCCGAAUGUAUAGGGAUACAUAUGUGGGGAAGGAGAUGGUGUGCUCCGCAACCGGUUUUCCUAAACUCACCGUUCUUAUUUUGCACGAGUUCACAAACCUUGAAAAAUGGAGGGUGGAGGAAGGAAGCAUGCCCAUCCUUUCAUACUUGAUUAUUGCAAGUUGUAACAAGUUGGAGGAGUUUCCCGGAGGCCUUGUGUUCCUCAAGUCCCUUCAAAUAAGUCAAAUGCCUCAAGAUUUCAAUGAUAGGCUUAAAAGGCAAGAUGGUGAAGAAGGACCCGACUUUCACAAAAUUUCUCAUGUCGGUAGACUCAUUAUUGAUGAUCAGGGCUACAUUUGAAUGUUCUUGUAAGUUAGGUAUAAAGUAUUGUUUUGGUCGUGAAGAACAUAUUGCUUGAGAACUUAUUUGAUCAUUUGCUUCUCAUUAAUAUUAUAUGAUCAAUUUAUUU